UAUUAUAUCACACCGAAAAAUCGAAUUUUAUUUCGGGGUCACAAAAAAAGUCUGCUCUUAUAUUCUCAAUCUUACUCUCGUUUUAUUCCCAGUUUUAUUUUACUGUUACACUGUAUUAUAUAUUUUAGAAUAUUAAAUCUGUAAUUGUGGAUUUAGAUUAAAAUAUACAAGUUUAUUUUAUUAAAUAUAACAAUGGCAGCACAAUGGAUACGCAAAGCUAUCACCCCAAAAAUUGGCAAUGUAAGGUUGUACAGUGGUGGAUUAAAAAAGUGUACACUGAUACCCGGUGAUGGAAUUGGACCCGAAAUUUCAGCAGCUGUACAAAAAAUCUUCGAUGCUGCCAAGGUACCAAUUGAGUGGGAAUCAGUAGACGUGACCCCAGUAAGAGGCCCAGACGGAAAAUUCGGAAUUCCUCCAGCUGCAAUUGAGUCGGUCAACAGAAAUCAAAUCGGCUUGAAAGGUCCCUUGAUGACUCCGAUCGGCAAAGGACAUCGAUCUUUAAAUUUAGCUCUAAGAAAAGAAUUCAACUUGUAUGCUAACGUGAGACCCUGUAGAUCAUUGGAAGGUUACAAAACUCUUUAUGAUAACGUUGAUGUAGUGACUAUUCGUGAAAACACAGAAGGUGAAUACUCUGGUAUCGAACACGAGAUUGUUGACGGCGUGGUUCAGUCGAUAAAGCUUAUCACUGAGGAAGCUUCAAGUCGAGUUGCUGAAUUCGCUUUUCAGUAUGCUACUACUAAUGGCCGUAAAAAGGUAACAGCAGUACACAAAGCCAACAUCAUGCGUAUGUCCGACGGACUCUUCCUUCGCUGUUGCCGAGACGCAGCGAAAAAAUUCCCCAACGUCAAAUUCGAGGAACGUUAUCUCGACACAGUCUGUCUGAACAUGGUGCAAGACCCCUCUCAGUACGACGUAUUGGUGAUGCCAAAUUUGUACGGUGACAUCUUGUCCGACAUGUGUGCUGGUCUGGUCGGUGGUCUCGGUCUGACCCCCAGUGGCAACAUCGGACUCAACGGCGCUCUCUUUGAGUCUGUCCACGGAACCGCUCCGGACAUCGCUGGUCAGGACAAAGCCAACCCCACUGCCUUGUUGCUGUCCGCUGUCAUGAUGCUUAAGUACAUGGGUCUCAAUGACCACGCUCGCAUUAUUGAGCACUCGGCUUACGAUACUAUCAAGGAAGCUAAAUUUCUGACCGGCGACUUGGGCGGUAAGGCCAAGUGCAGCGAGUACACUAAUGAAAUUUGCAAGAGAGUUAUGGCCCAAACUAAAUAAAUCUGAGCACGUGAGUUUUAUCGUGAGGCUUAAAGUCAAAUAAUUUUUUUUUUUUUUUUUUUUCACGUUGUUAUUC